UGCGCCAGGCAGAUGAAAGUAAAGGCGCACUUUGGGGAGAGAGGAAAAAAAGUUCUCAGCAAGGAGAGGCAGGACUACUCACGCGGAGCUCCUGCAGUCUCACUUUUUUAUGCCUCUAAAACAUUUUCUCUGUCAUCUUUUUUUGCAUUUUUGCUCUGCGACACCGCUUUUACGUUUCCGAGGGACAAAUCUUACUUUUUGACUUAAGCGAAAGCCGCAGCCAUGGAGCUGCUCUGCUUCGAAAUGGACACCAACAUACGAGCUCGUCCCGACCCGAACCUCCUGGAUGACAGAGUCCUGCAGAGAUUGUUGACUAUAGAGGAGAGGUUUCUACCUCAAUAUUCAUAUUUCAAAGGUGUCCAGAAAGAUAUUCAGCCGUUUAUGAGGAGGAUGGUAGCGACCUGGAUGUUAGAGGUUUGUGAGGAGCAGAAGUGCGAGGAAGAAGUUUUUCCCCUGGCCAUGAACUACUUAGACAGAUUUUUAGCAGUGGUACCCACCAAAAAGUGUAACCUACAGCUGCUGGGAGCAGUCUGCAUGUUUCUUGCAUCCAAAUUGAAAGAGACUCGUCCAUUAACUGCAGAGAAGCUUUGCAUCUACACAGAUAACUCCAUUAGACCGCAAGAGCUGCUGGAAUGGGAACUUGUGGUUUUGGGAAAGUUGAAGUGGAACUUGGCAGCAGUAACACCGAACGAUUUCAUCGAACACAUUGUUAGGAGGCUGCCGCUGCCCGAGGAUAAGCUGGCACUUAUACGGAAACACGUCCAGACCUUCAUCGCCCUCUGUGCCACAGAUUUCAGAUUUGCCAUGUACCCUCCCUCCAUGAUUGCCACAGGAAGUGUGGGGGCAGCGAUCUGCGGCCUACAGCUGAAUUCAGCCGAUCAGUCACAGUGGGGUGACAGUUUGACAGACCUGCUGGCCAAAAUCACCAACACAGAAGUGGAUGUUCUCAAAGAGUGCCAGGAGCAGAUCGAGCGCGUGUUGGAGAGCAGCCUACGCGAAGGACGGCAGCAGCAACAGCAACAGCAGCAGACUCAGAGAGGUCCCAGCGGAAAAGGCCUGGACGAGCUGGAUCAGUCCUCCACCCCAACAGACGUCCGCGAUGUUAACUUGUGAACCACCGGAGGGCAUUUGCCCCGGAUUUACAGAGAAAAAGAAAGAAAAGAAAAAACAUCAUGAAAAAACUUCAAUCUUCUUAAAAGCAGAAAAAAAGAACAAAAGAACAAAAAUGUUAAAAACACAAGAAACGUACAAUGCUUGCUAGGUUUUGUAGAUGAUCUGAUCUUAAAGUAAAAAAACAAAGAAAAAACAAAAGCACCUGCACAUAAAAUAUAUUUUCUAUAAUGUUCUGGUCUAAAAGCAACAAAUUUAAUAAGUUGAAGCUCUGUGGUGCCUUGGAUAAACAGAAGGGAAGCCAAUCACAUUUGCAUUCUGCCUUUGAUUGUAUAGUAUGGUCUUUAAGUUAUAUUUUAACCAGAGCUUGAUUAUGUGGCUGUUAUGGUUGAAGUUGUGGAAACCAUUCAGAGACUGCAUACACAGGGGCUUACAUUUCUUCUUCUCUGUUUAGUUUUCUAUGAGUAUUAUCACCUUACAUUUGUUACUGGUGUAAGAAAGCGCAUGUUCCAGCUCCCCGGCUGUCAGACAUCCACAUGUGUAAUGAGGAUGAGGCAGAGGAAGCCCACAGAACUUAGUGCUAAAGUUUUGUGGGUCCCAUUUCCAGGCAACAGCUGGGAUGAUAAUAAUUAUUAGUAGUAGGAGUAAUUGCUAUUAUUAUCAUUGGACAUAUUUUGGAACUGAGUGGUAGAUCAAUAAGCUCCUUUUUGUCAGGCUGCUUGUAUGUGUCAGUUUGUGGAUGCAGCGUGCAAGCAUGUAUGUUUUGUGCAUGGUUGCAUUCAUGUGCGUGUCUGUAGGAGGUGUGUGAUAAAUAGUCUGUGUGUGUGGUGUGAAUGUUACAUGUGGUCCUGUAGCUACAUUAGCAGCGUGCAUUCUGUGGUGUGAGGCACUUGAGUGAAGUCGUAGACUUAUAAUUCUAUGUUAAAUGACAGCAGGUUAAGUUGAGGCUGUGUUUGUCCAUCCGUGUAACAGGGCAUCUAUGCUGUGUCACUGCCUUCAUGCAUUAAUGGUGAAUCGUGGUUCACUGCUGGCCAACAGUAAACAGUGUGGACUGUGAAUGAGAUGGAAGAUAUGGGCAAAGGGACUUUGCUUUAGAGCCUCAUAAGGCUGUUUCAUGUUAGAACCAGAGAUGAUAUGAGGUAUCUUACUGCCACUGUGAUGAUGAAAUAUCACAGAUGGCUUUGUUCUACCUACAUUCUUCAUCUUGUAAUGAUGUGAUCUUUCCUCAUCUGUGAAAGGCUGCUUUGAGUCUGUGCAGAGGAAUAAAGACUUCUCACAUGUGCAGCAGGCAUGGUGCAUGUGAAAACAUGCCAGGACAGUGUUUUGCAGAAAGUUUUUUGUUGUUAUCUAUGUUUCCAAGUUGGAACUCCACUGCGUUUUUUAGCAGGGAGGGAGGAGAGUGAGAUGUGGAGAGAUUUAGAAAGAUGUCACUGUGGCAGGAUGGAGAGGAUUUCAGUGUUGCAGGAGCAUGCUGCUGUUCAGGAGAUGUGGAUGAUGUUCAGCCGUUGGCUGGAAAAUGCUGAACAAAAAGACACCCAAAAGCCUCACAGUGAAACUUUGAUGUCUGCAUGUUGGGGUGGAAUCAUCUUUAAUUUCUUCUGACGGAUGUCUACUUUUGAAGAAAUGUUCUGCGUUUCCAUUUACAUAGAAAUGAUAUGAGGAACUAAGACUGUACGCUGCCAGAUCGUGCAAGGAUCAACUUAUUGUGUUUGGGGUGGGGGUGGGUACAUGGUUAGAGGAUGAAAAUAUUACUGUCAAUGCAUCUGGAGUCCCACAUAGGGUUGUUUUCAGCUUCCCUAUAUGAUUUCAAUGGCAAAGCACUUUGAGAACAUGCUCCCCAGGAGAUGAGUAAAAUGAAAUGCGUAGGGUGGGGAUUGGAGGUGAAUGGAUAUUUUAUUCCUUUUUUUCCUCAUUAGCCUUUUUCUUUGGUUUACUUUGUAGGGCUGGUUUCCCAAACAUCAGACAUACCAUGGCCAAGCACAACUCAAGUUUAAAAGGCUUUCCACAACUUACAAUAAAAGGACAUUCCUAUUAAAAAUACAUUCCUGCUCAAGCAAAUUACAAGUCAGUGGAGGAGAAUUUGAACAAAUGACAUAAAAUCACUAUGAAUCAGAAAACGCCAUGACAGAGUUUGGUCCACGUUUUCUUUUCCACCGCCAAGAAAUGAAAUAUUUUUUACUUGAAUUUUUUUUCCUCUUUUUAUUUAUCUGCAUCACAGCCACAGAGAGCCACACGGCAGCAAUGAGCUACGAGACAGGUGGUUGGAACAUCCAGUAUUUGCACAUGUUCUUCAAAGGGCAAUGAUGUUAACAACGUUGAGACGACCGCACAGCCGUUAUUAAAAACAGCGAAUGGUCAGUUUGUCUGUGGUGCUGGCUCGCGUAGGUCUGAUUCAGGCCGACUUGUCUGUCAGUGAACACAUCUGUCCCCUGUGAGCAUUGCUGCUUUAAAUAAAUGGCAAAGGGGCGCAUCAGAAAAGGCAGACAUGAGCACAAAAGGCAGGUUUUUUUCGUUUGUGUUAUCUUUUGAUCGGACACGUGGCUUUGCAACAUCAAGGUGUCUUUGAAUUAAUGUUUCAUGAUAAUAUGUGACUUUGCUGAUCGUGUGUUUAUCAGUCUGAGGGGGGAAUGUGGGGAUCGGGUGUCUUUCAGUGAAACUGAAAAAUUCAAUGACGCAUUUGCCAAAACAUCCCCAGUCAGAAUAUCUGGAGUGACCCCGUCAUUUUGCCUGUUUGCCUGACGUAAGCUCUCUCCCAAACUAAACGGUUGUGAUUUUUCUUUCCUGCAAUUUGUUGCAUGUGUUUUAUAUUGACACACUUCAGUUUGUGUAUGAUAUAUGUUUUUUGGGGUGACCAGAUCCGCAAAAGGGUUUUUCUAAGAUUUAGAGAUACUGUAUUCCAAAGUGAAGAGAGGGCAGAGGAGGAGGUGUGAAGACAUCAACAAAAAAGUGUCAAUAUUUUAUUGUCUUUUUGCGCUGCUAAAAGCUAUGAAUUUGUUUCAUUUAUACAAAAAAAUAACAUUACCUAGUCGUGAUGUGUCACUUGUGUGCUGCUAUUUUAUAAACAUUUGUAUUAUAAUAUAAUUAUUUUACUGCUUAAGAGAUACUUCCAGAAAACAAAGUAGAUGGUGAUAGAAGAACAUGAAAUGAGUAUUCGACUGGAAAUGUUCUUUGUACAGUUAGAUAGCAUGUUUCAUUUCCUCUUUUUAUGUUUUUUUUUUGUUUGUUUGUUUGUUUUUGUUUUUUUUUUAUUUUGUUUUUUUUCUGUUGGUUUUUUUGUUUGUUUGUUUGUUUGUUUGUUUUUUUGCUGUCCUCCUUCUGUCACAUUCUGCAUCAGUGGUAUUUCCCAUACCUCAGGAUUUACUGGACUUAAAUAAAACACAGAUUCAUUGCCUUAUACCUCUGCAGUGAGGAAACCUGGAACAGAGGAGGAAAAAGAGGGGAAACAACGACAGAUUAGCAUUUUUCUGGAUGAUUCCCACUGAUUUACUUGCUCAGUGACAUUGGAAAGAGGAACAAUGCAAGGCUUCCACUUGGACCUCAGCUAUAAUGAAGGAGGAGGGAGGGCAGAAUUAAUUGUGUAAUUGCAAUGUUUUUCUUUGAGCAGAUAGUUAAAGUAUGUUCGUUUCUGUUUGUGCUGGUGCUACACCUGACUUGCUAAGUGUUCGAGAGGGAAAAACAACAUUCCUGCGAUGGCCAAAGGACAGUUCUUGCUUGUUACAGCCAUGAUCAUGCUGAAUGUCAGUAAAUAUGGAUUCUGUAUGUGAGAAAGAUGUGUUUUAAUCUAAAGCAUUGUGUUUGUGCACCACUGGAACUGCCACACCUGUCACAUCCAGUCAUAAAUAUUCUGAUAUCUGGACGUUUGAAUGGUGCAGAUUUCCCUUUGGCUCCCUCCCUCCUUCCACUGUAACUCAUAUUGUGUACCUCAGAUGUCUGUUGCACAACCUCUGUUCAAUAAACUUCUGCUUUAAAGGGUGUGACACCA